AUGACUGGAGGAUCAUGUGGCGAAGUGGUGCGUUCUAUUCUACGAUCGCACUGUGACGGAUCUCAAGGCAGCAUCGAAUAUAUCGAGUUGUUUUUGGACUUCGAGAAUGCUUCUCCGCGUGAGGAAGAACGCUAUCUGUUUGACCUCUGUGAAAAGAUACUAAACCAGUGUACAGAAGUGCUUGCUGAUGUGAAAUGCUAUGGAAAAGGCGCAACUGACGAAGUUCGGCAAUCUCUGCAGAAUCCGCAUGAUCUUGCUUUGAGAGAUUUGGCUUUGAGUGUGGUUGCCGAUUUUGUUGCACGGAUACGAUGCUAUUUCGAGCUUUCACUGAGGAUCGAAAAGCUGGUGCCGGAAUUAUUGUGGGAUCUUUGUUCUGGGCCGCUUCCACCCGAAGAGCAACUGGACAGAAAACAGUCGUUAGCUCGACAGUUAGCCCGUCUAGUUGACUUUGUUCUGGAUUUUGACGCUGUAAAGAUGUGCACUCCUGCUCUACAGAACGACUUCAGUCACUAUCGACGAGGAAUUGGGUUGGGGCUGCUUGACAACAACGCAUCAGAGAUAGAGCUUGCAAAUUCCAUAUCUCUAUUUCUUGCUGCUCCUACUCCAAUGUUGUCAAGCCUGAGCUCUGCAACGUUAGAAUUCGUACGAUCUCAUCCGACACUUCCAAUCGGAAACACAACUGAUACCCUAGCCACCAUUGUCAGGUGA